AUGUCCAAAGAGCCUAGCUCCAACCUGGAGAGUGCCAUGCAGAUGCUCAUCAAGACCUUCCACAAGUACUCGGGCAAGGAGGGCGACAAGUACACACUGAGCCGCGGCGAGCUGAGGGAACUACUCACCGAGGAGCUGGGGAACUACCUAGGGAGUGCGCAAGAUAAAGACGCGGUGGAGAAGGUGAUGAACGACCUGGACUCCAACAACGACGGCGAGGUGGACUUCACCGAGUUCAUCAUCCUCAUGGGCGCGCUCACCGUGGCCUGCAACGACUUCUUCCUCGAAAUGCCCAAGAAGGACGAGAAGCCGGGCGAGGAGGGGAAGACAGAGUGA